CUAAUCAAUGUGGAUAAUUGUCUACGGACUACAUUCAUAAGUAUGUCCUCGACUUGAGUGGCGGUUGUUUGAAACAUUUCUGUUAGAUAUUUCCUACCAUGGCGUUUUCAUUGAGAGACGAACUUCGACCCCAUGACAAUUGGGCACCAGAAUCUGCGGCCUUGUCCACUUGCAGUAACGCGGACAUAUAUCGUAGAAUGAACACCAUGCUGGGCAACUCUCUGGAUUUUACCGGUGUGUGCACCACAUCCGGCACCAAGGGAAAGCUAGAUAUGCUCCUGACCGACCCUGCAGGAAUCGGAGCUGGCUGCAGUGGGCAGCAGGAUGCUCUUCCCCACUAGCAGUUGUCAGCGGAAGCUCUCUCCACGAGGGCUCCUCCAGAGGCCUGCCAGACGUCAACG